AUUUCUAAAUCGCAAUGAUAAAACGAACAUAAAAACUGUAUCGCUCAGAAAUCAAGAAGUUAAUAACCGCGGUUCCUCGUUCGCGCCUGCUCCUUCGCGUUGACUCAUCUUCGCAUCCGGCGCCUUCCAGCUCGAGAUGUCAGAAGUAUAGAAGCAUAUUGAUAUUGAAUGACCACAACCUCAUCUUUUUUUCAUCGUGUCUCUAUGAAGAGAAUGUUUUGACGAGCCAAAAAUGCGGCGCGUACCUAACCGUGUGCUGUCCUUUCUCGCCGACGAACUCUUUAAGCUGUACGGAAUUCUCAGCACAUUUUCCCUUUCCUGGACGAGUGUUCGGUUAUGGGUUGUCUUUUUAUUGCUUCCGCUUUAUAUACUUUCUGUUGCCGUGCGCAUUCUGCCAUAUAUCGCGUUUAACGCCAUCCACCUAUUCUCCGAAGAGGGUCGGCAACACCUCGCCAGCAAGGCGGAUGGAUAUCGAAGAGUGGAACGAGAGUGGGCGCAGAAGCAGCUACGGGGAUCGUACGUAUUCAAGGAAAUCGUGUUGCGAAGACUAGGCCGCCAUGAGAUGACAGAAUUACCCUGGGGAGAUGGAGUGCAGACCCUGCGAGUCUGCGGGGCAGAUGCCAGGUUUAUCAAAGUGAGGCCUAGAGUGACCCUCGCGGGGGAAACGUCACGACCACCGAUUGUUCUUCUGCAUGGGAAUCCAAGCUGGUCAUUUAUGUGGAGAAAUAUCAUCCCGCAUUUGCUUGACCAGGGCCAUGAGGUCUAUGCCCUCGACUGGUUGGGCCAUGGACGUAGUGACAAGAUUCUCCGCAAAGAAUUGAUCAGCUUCGAGCUGCAUAUGAGGACAUUGAUCGAAUUUUUUAAUCGGACACAACUGCGCAAUGCGGUCAUAGUUGCUCAUGAUUGGGGAGGUUGUGUAGCCCUCUGUACAAUUCCCCAUCUCCAACCCAAGGCUGUGUCUCGUCUGUUUCUGCUCAACAGCUUUCUUCCCCCGCGCCCGUCCGACAUCAGCAUACACUGCUACCUACUUUACAUCAUCUGGUACCUCGCAACUGGUAUCUUUGACGGCUAUGUCCCGGAACCGCUCAUUAUGAGGUUUAUGGUUCCGCGCAGUACAAAUCUCGAUCUCCAAGGGUACCGCGCUCCGUACAAAUCCGACGCCCGUACCAAGCAGAGUGUGACUCGGUUUGCGCACAUCGUGCCAGGCCUGCCUCGACUGAUCCUGCGGAAUAUACGACAUCGCUAUCUAUGGCGCGUGCUGGAGGGUCUCUGCGGACCGGUCAAUUUUAGCGACAUCAACACUCAAGCGCUGUUGUCAGCGCGGGACGACGAUGUCCGAACCUUCUGGGCGGAUCUGGAACACUCAGAUUGGAGAGAUCUCAAAGUUAUGGUUGCGUUUGGCCAGGAUGAUACCCUUCUGAGGGAUUAUAAGGACGUAUUAGUUCGUUUGAUCGGUCCGCAGCACAUGGUCGACUGGGCAAAGAACGGAGUAUGGAUAGCCGGUGCUGGACAUUACCCAGUGGAGGAGAGACCGUAUGAAGUUGUGAGGCUGAUUGCCAUGUUCUCUAGAGGGUAAUAUAGCAGGACGGGGAAAGGCCUUAUGAUUAGUAUUAAUUGUGUUAUUCGAGAAUAGGUAUCUAAACUGAUUGCAGAAAAAUUAAAGUU